UGAUUCGUUUUAUAAUUAUUAUCCCUUCAAUACGUUAUUGUACUUCAUGAAAUGUCUUUUUUUACAAGACGGUUGUUACACUCAACGCCAAUACGACUAGCAUUAGGGACCAGCUUAAUUGGUACAGGCAUCUUCACAUAUGAUUAUAAUACAGAAGCACAAGUUUUAACAAGAAACGUAAGAACGUUUUACAAUGGUAUUGCAUUAGCCAUUGAUUAUAAAGUAAACUUUCAACCUGGACAUACAAAAGAAGAAGCAAUGAAAAUUGAACAAAUACAUGAGCGAACUGCAAAUCGUGUUUUCGAUGUUUUUGAACGUAACGCUGGAUUGUACAUUAAAGUUGGACAAGUGAUAGGUACGCAAGCAGCUGUUUUACCCUCAGCCUAUCAACGAAGAGCGGUACAACUAUUCGAUUCAGCUCCUGCAGUUCCAUUCGAAUCGGUUGAACGCGUAUUCAUGGAAGAUUUUAAUGGACUUCAUCCAAAUGAAGUAUUUGCUGAAUUUGACACGAUACCCGUUGCUUCUGCAUCCAUUGCUCAAGUCCAUAAAGCAAAAUUAAAAAAUGGCGAUCUUGUAGCUGUCAAGAUUCAAAAACCUGCAAUUCGAAAACAAAUGGAUUGGGAUUUAGCUGCUUUUCGCCUUUUACUUAAACUAUACGAACAUAUUUUUGAUUUACCUUUGUCUUGGUCAAGUGACUAUAUUGAAGAGCACAUGAGAAUGGAGGCCAAUUUCAAAAUUGAAGCAAACAAUGCAAAGAAAGCAUGGAAGCAUUUACAAGAAGAGAAAGCACUAAAAGAUAGAGUUUAUGUACCAAAAGUGUAUGAUGAAUAUAGUUCUGAAAGAGUACUAGUAUGUGAAUGGAUAGACGGUAUUCAAUUAACAGAUAUAAAAGUUCUUAAAGAAAAUGGCAUUGAUUAUACAACAGCCAUGAAAACAGCAAUAGAAGUAUUUGCAAGUCAAAUAUUUCGUAGUGGAUUUGUGCAUGGUGAUCCUCAUCCUGGUAAUGUAUUAGUACGAAAAAAUCCAAAUAAUAAGAACCAAAUUCAGGUUGUGUUGAUUGAUCAUGGACUUUAUAUUCAGGAAGCAGAAAAAUUCCGUUUAGAGUAUUGCCAAUUAUGGGAGGCAUUAUUCAUGUUGGAUAUACCAAGGAUGUCAGAGAUAUGUAAGGAAUGGGGUAUACAUGAUGCUACGAUGUUUGCAACAAUCACGCUACAACGACCCUUUUCUGGUAAAAAAGCAGUUCAUAUAGACCAGAAAGUUGAUUUAAACGAAAUGUAUGAAUUACAGACGCAUAUGAAGGAACGGAUAAAAAACUUUUUAUAUGAUCAAGCGUUAUUCCCGAGAGAAUUGAUUUUUAUUUCGAGAAAUAUGAAUAUUGUUAGAGCAAAUAAUAAAGCAGUUGGUAGCCCAAUUAACAGAAUCAAUAUUAUGGCUCGUUGGGCUGUUUUAGGUCUAUCAAAAAAGAAAGGAUCUUGGCUUAGUUGGAGAUCCGUUGUGUUUGAGUGUACAUUAUUCUUAAUGAGUGUAGGAUUCUGGUUAGUUAGACUUAAAAAUGCUGCAAAUAAAUUACUUUUUGAUAAAAAAUCUCGAGGUUUAGAAGAUAUUUUAGACGAAAGAAUGAGAGAUGAGAUGUUUAGACAAUUUGGUGUUAAAGUAGAUCCAGCUGUAUUCGAUGGCUAAAUCCUUUAAAAGUUAGAAUAAAGAAAUAUAUAUUUUUAAUGACUAAUAACAAGCUUAUUUUAAUUAAAUGAUUCAUUUGGCAAAUUUAUGUAUUAUCAAAUGAGAAUAUAUUCAUAACUUUGGUUUGCUUUUUUUAUUUUUUCUUUUCCCUUUAACGAAAUUGCAUAAAAUAAAUUGCUCCGGCCCGCAUACUAAUUUUUUCUGCGUCUAAACGUGACGAUGAUAGAAGCGGAAUUGGAAUAGUGACUCCUUUUAUCAUGGAAUUUUUUUCUGACCUUUUAAAUAUUUUCUAGAGUUCAGAACAUAUUGUGUUCCCUCCCUAACUUCUAUCCACU